GUGAGAGGCGCUGGUGACUGGAGAGGUUUGAAUUUCCUCCCCACCUCUAAAGAACUCUGCUGCCUGCUCAUCGCUGCCUUUGCGCGGGAGCAGAACGCACAGUGGAAUACAGCGCUUGCAGAGAGGGUUUACGGAAUAUAUGUUUUCCUCCAAGCCAUUUUGUUUUCUUUAUUUCAACGCAUAUUUACCUUCCUCAACAUCAUAGAAGCCCUUAGUCACACUUUGUCGUGGAGUAGGAUAUUGCCACGGGUCGGAGCGCCACUUCAAUUCCCUUUCAAAGUCCAAACACUUUUCUCUCGGAUCUUGCGCGUCCGGUUAGGAAAUGCUGGUCGGAAGGAGACCGUGUUGGAGGCAAUUGCAGGCUUCUUUUUUCAGACUCCUGUGUCUUAUUCCUACAGGGUUCCCCGUCCGAAGUGUGGAUAUGCAGCGAGCGACCGACAACAUUACUAUUCGCCAGGGUGAUACAGCGGUUAUCAGGUGUUACGUGGAUGAUAAGGUGUCCAAAGUUGCCUGGCUCAACCGAUCCAACAUCAUCUUCGCUGGGGAGGACAAGUGGUCGCUGGACCCACGUGUGGACCUAGUGAACAAGGGCCAGCUGGAGUACAGCCUUCGCAUCCAGAAAGUGGAUGUGUACGACGAGGGCUCCUAUACAUGCUCCAUCCAGACCAAACAGCAGUCCAAGACCUCUAAUGUACAUCUCAUUGUCCAAGUUCCGGCAAACAUUUACAAAGUUUCGGAAGACAUCACCGCGAACGAAGGCAGCAACGUGACAUUGAGUUGUCUAGCCAAUGGGAGGCCAGAUCCAUCAAUCACCUGGCGACUGCUCAAUCCAUCAGCGGAUUCUCUAGAUGGGGAGGAGUACCUGGAUAUAUCAGGGAUCAUGAGGAACCAGGCGGGCCGCUACGAAUGCAAAGCCAGCAAUGACGUGGCCACACCGGACGUCAAAUACGUCAAUGUUGUCGUCAACUAUCCUCCCGCCAUCAAGAAUGCCAAGAGCUCUGAAACCCAGGUGGGCCGUAUGGGGGUUCUUCAGUGUGACGCGGCCGCAGUGCCCAAACCAGAGUUUGAGUGGUACAGAGAUGACAAGAGGCUAUCCAACGCCCAGGGAAUCAGCAUCCAGAUCGUAGGGACCUCAACUGUCCUGAUGAUCUCCAACGUUACAGAGGAGGACUAUGGAAACUACACAUGUGUUGCAACCAACAAACUCGGGAUCCAAAAUGCUAGUCUCUUCCUCUAUAGACCUGGUACGGGCCGAGACAUCAACGGCUCCGCCUGCCUUUCCCAGUCACUGUGGCUCCUCCUGGCCUCCAUCACCUGCCUUCUCUUCAAGUGUUAAUCACACCACCAACCUACCAUUGUUAUUACCUACCCAGUUAUUACAUUGAGACUGUUUGCGUAAUGUAACACAAAUCCUGAUGUGCUCCGAUGCACCAAACUAGAUAAUAAGAAGAUAGAAUGGGCUUAUCAAUAAGUUUUAGUAACAAAAAAAUAUGAAAUGGAGACAAUGGAACAAACACUGCUUUUUCUAAGAAACAUUUAUUGCCAUUUUAACAUGCUGAAGUCUUGCUUUUCCGCUGUCAUUACUCUUGUUUCGGUUGGGGUGGGGUUCAUUGUAUUUCGUAAGUCUAAACCUCCAAGUGGCAGGGAUUUCAGGUCAAGUACAACAAUCAUGGAUAUCUGCGAGAAGCACUGAGACAUUCAAGUUACUGUUCCUUUCCUAAUGGCAUUUUACUGUAUUGUUAAACAAAAAGGUCAUUGUAACCAGUGCAUUAUCAGACAUUAUGAACUGGGUGAUUCGAGCCCUGAAUCCUGAUUGGCCGGCAGCCGUGGUAUAACAGACCAUAUACCACCAAACAUGUCUUUUUACUUCUCUAAUUACAUUGGUAACCAGUUUAUAAUAGCAAUAAGGCACCUCGGGGGUUUGUGGUAUAUGGCCUCCGCUUUGCGUCGUACAUAAGAACAGCCCUUAGCCGUGGUAUAUUGGCCAUAUACCACA